AUGAUAGAGCCCCCCGUGAUCACUGGGGACUACAUCGACCUGGAUCUAAAUGCUGUGUUCACGCUCAUGGGGAAGCCUCUUGUUUCGCCCGCCCGCCCGCCUCCCUUCUCCCUGCCGCAGACCUCGGGAUCCGGCGACUCCAUGGUCGUCUUGGGAAUUUCGGAGCAUUUGCUGAACAGCGUGCUGGCCAUGGCACAGCAGUUUGGGAGCUUCAACUUCCACGUUUUCCGGCAGACGAGUGCGUCCAUCGGUCACCUGACAACAUCCCGGCUGGGCUCCUUCAUCCCCGCAAUUGCUCACCAGUUCCCGCGCCCGGAGCCCGUUGGGCUGAAGGUGACGGUGAGCAAAGCCCCCAUCGUCACCUUUUUUGAGGGCAGAGCCGUCCUGAGCCUGCAUCCCUCCGUCGAGGUGGUGGCGGCGUUGUCGUCCUGGACUUCUGCUUCGCAGUCUCUCUUUACCCUGGACGUCGAUGUGGCUUUGGUUCUCCAUUUUGCUGUGACAGAAGUGAAGCUGCAGGCCUCUGUCUCUCUGCAAGGUGGUCUGAGGUUUGUGCUGGUUUCUUCCAGAGUUGGAUCUGUCAAGGUCUCCCGGGUGGCUUGUCUCAUCGCCUCCGCUUUUGAGGAGGCGCUCGUGGCUCGACUGAACGCUGUGCUGAGCGUGGGCAUAAAUCUGCCGUGCCUGAAUAACAUCAAGUAUGCCCACCCCCAUGCUGAGGUUCACAAGGGUUAUGCUGCGGUCAGCUGUGGCCUUGACUAUGAGCAGUGAAGCGAGGAGAGGAACAAAGAGGAAUAAAGCGUAACAGUUUUACUUGGCAAAAUAGUCGCCGUGUCAGUCCAUGAAUCUGAUGGCUUAAAGGUGAAGAGCAAUCAGUGCGUCUUCGUUGCACGACUUUGCAGCUAAUACGGCUGGCAUUUGGCAGGGGUGGUGUCUCUCGUUCUUGCGCUUGCUCUACUUAGUUUAGGCAACAUCUGCAUCUUUCCCAGACCUGAGGAAGGGCAUUUUGGGCAUGUCUACAUGUGCAUUUACACCAGCUUAAAUGUACUGCCCAGCAAGUUAGUGCACAGUAAGCAGGAAUAGGCUGGUGUCUACUCGUGUAGGCAUUAAAGUGCAUUAAUGCUGUGUGUGGGCUGACUUGGGACCAACUUUACUCCUAACUUUAUCUAAAUUUACUCCUGAUUAGUUACUGUGUAGAAACAAUGUGGUGGACUGACUUGGGACUAACUUUAGUCCCAAGUCAGUCCGCACACACACUGUUAUUGUGCAGUAAGACAUCUACACGUGCGUUUCUACGCAGUAACUAAUCAGGAGUAAAUUUGAUACCUGCAUGAUGUGAGUAUCAAAUUUAUGCUGAAGUUGGUGUAAGUCCCCAUGUUUACUGCGCAGUACAGGAGUGCACG